AUGGGUUCUGGCGUUACGGUACUGAGUGCGGAUAUCACACAGCUCACCGAGGAGCAGGUGAAUGCAGGGCCAGACGGAGCUGUGGGUACACUUUUGAAAGAAGCGUAUCAGAGCGCAGUAUGGGGAGGUGAGGGACGAGAGCAGCAACGCUGCCAAGCGGUCAACCGCAAGCUGCUCUUCCAGGUUUGCAUGGUGGAAAAUGUGUCGCGGUCGCGACUGGCACAGGUCGACGAGUACCACGUACGAUUGGCGCCGCGUAAGCAGAUGGUUGACCGCGUGGGGGCCGGUAAGGAACUGGUCAGCUCUGUGGACGUGGACAGCGACAGCAACCAGCCGGCUGCAGAUGAGCGGCAGGCACCGGCGGUGUACAAGCUGACUCUGCAGGACAAGAGCGGCGGCCUAUUCUAUGCGAUGAAUGUGGAAGCGAUUGGCGCGCUUAAGACGGUGAUGCUCGGGGCGAAACUGGUGAUCCUCCCGGGCGCCGUGUUCAACAGAGGGAUAUUCCUGCUGACGGCGUCGACCGUCCGCCUACUGUUCGGCCUCAUUCCGUCGUGGAACGGCGGCAAGGAGCACAAGGUGUGUGCGUACCUGGAGUGUCUGCUCGAGGAGGAGCGGGUGGCUACGGGAUCGGGAAAGCGCAAAAGGUAG